UAUCCCAGCGCUCCACCCGCGCCGUGGAUCAACCGCCGCAGAACACCGUGCGCUUCGACCGAGGCCGUGUCGGGGGCCGCCCGAAACUUCGGAAGUCGAGACCUCACUCCGAGCCUCCUGCCGCGCCCCCUCGCUCCUCAUGGGCAGCUACCUGGGCAAGGCUGAUCCCUCGCCUUGGUCCUCCUCCCAGAAGCGCACCGAUCAGCCCGAGGGACGGACCAACCGCCGGCCAUCUCCGCCCCUCUACCAGGUGCACCGAGUGCAGCACGUCCACUGCGCCCACUCGGCCCCGCAGCACCGGCCGGCCAGGAGACUGCCACACUGGGACCCGGCCCAGUAUCUGGCACGCAGAGUCAACGAAGCCUGGAGGCGCUUUCCUAUGCGCAGGGCCUCCAAUUCCUUCAUGCGGCCUUUGCCCUCCGACUGGUGGGAUAGCUACUGCAAGCGGACCAUCUGGUCUCUCCGGCACCCGAGGUCCGUGUGCAGUCCAGUGACGGUCAAGAUCUCGCCCCCUGAGCGGAAAGAGGCCCCAGCCAUUUCCCCAGCCAACUUCAUUAACUCCGCAGGACCCCUGGCUUCGGAGGAGACCCCGGACCCCCGUGCCAAGGAAACAGUGCUGCGGGCGCUGCAUGAGUACGGGAAAGGAAGACGCAAGACGGAGGGGCCGCCUGUAACCGAGGGCGCGCGCCCUAAGAAGCCCGAGGAGACCAGGCUUUCGGCGUUUAAGCCCUUGGUGAAAAGUGGAAUGCCCCCCUGCUUCGUGCCCAGGCGGGGACCUCUGAAGAGAAGCCGCCAGACCUGGGGUUCCGAUCUGGACCUCAACAGGAGACCCGGUUUGUCUUCGCUGAACUCCCUGGCUGGCACCCACCCAGGCCCUCUCAGCUCCAAAAGAAACGCCAUCAGCAGCUCCUACAGCUCCUCCAGGUACUUGGAGCAACCUUGGAGGAGCCGCAUCCUCAGGGCGUCCCUGCAGAGCCCCGAGUGGCCCUUGAAGAGGAAGGGCCAAGGCCACCAGCUUCACUCUCCCGCCCCCCUGGACUCGGGCUUUCGCUGUUGGUCAGCACCUGGCCCCUCUGGGUCGCCCCUGAGGCUCCCAAGCUCUGGGAAUCUGCUCCCGGGACCCCCACCCCCCUGGCGUGGCCAGGCAGGGGCAGAUAAAGACGGCCUGGACGUGGGGAAGGGGGCUGGGCUUCCUGGAAGCCAAGGAACCGGAAAGGAAGCAGCUGUCCAUGGUACUGAUGAGCCUGGCACAAAGGCAGCUCCAAUUCCCGAUGCAGGCUCCCAGCUGCAAAGUUCAGAAGACGUGAGGGAGCGUCCUGGGGGGCCGCCGGCCUCCCCUCAGGCCAUCAGAGAGGCAGGCAGCGUGGCUCCUUCCCCUCUGGCUCCUCUGGGGUGUUCACACUCAGCUACUGUUACCGGGAUGACCCCCAUUACUCCCCAGGACCCCGCAGCCGGCGUCACCCCUCGGGUGGACAGAGCUGACGCUGGCCCAGCAGUGCUGGACACACAGAGCGCCCCGUCAGGCCUGCAGAGCAGCCCUGUUCCCCAGCUCCUGGAACUUGUACCUGCACCGUCUGCCGACCUCACGCGGACGCCCGCGGUGGAACCCCCAAGCGAUAGCGGGGAGGGAGACUCCAUCUAUUCCGGAACCCGCGUUCUCCCGGCGACGACAUUGGCCAGCCCUUCCCUCGGCGCAGCUCCCGGUUCCACAACGCCCACCUUCAAGCCUAUCUUUGGCAACCUGGCACCGCUGACCACCGCAACUGCCCCAGCUGCCUCUCAGAAUUUCCCUGUAGCUUCCUCCAAUCUCUUCCACGGCCUGGUCAAAGCCACUUCGGUGGUCAUGUCUACCAGCCUAACCAGCGCUUUGGCGGGGUCGCCUGUGAAGCCACCUUCGAGUCUGAGUGCGACAAGUGUGGCCGGUGCCUUGGGCAACCCGAGUCCUGUGCCUCCCCCGUGGCACACUUUGCUCCUGGGGACCACCCAGGUCCUCAAGGCCGGUUUCUCCGGGGACGCAGAGGUGGGCUGUGUUGCUCCACCACCCCCGCAACCUGCCAUGCCCCCUGUUCACACGGUCACCAUCUUCAGCCAGGUCACCUCGGGAAGCAGCCCCCUGUCUGCCUCCUCCCUGGUGCCCACUCUGGCUCCCAGCGCCUCCAGCCCGUCCUCGGUGUUCACAGCCCCUCUGGGGUCCAGCCUUAGGCCAUCUUUCCCACUGUUGGCAGGGAGCGCUCCCCUGCCCACCCGCGGGGUCACUAUUGGGCAGAAGCGAGGCCUCUGCCAAUCAGGUGUCGACUCAGAAUCCACUCUUGCAACCCCAGGCCAGACAGCUCCCACCCAGCCUACCCUAGGCAAUACUCUGCAGCCAGUAGCCUUUGGGGGUAGCGCAACUUUGCACUCCCCUGCCAGUCUCAAGCCGCUUCCUCCUUUAAGUCCAUGCAGCUCACCGGGCCUGGGAGGCAGGACCCAGAAACAAGGGGCUGGAGCUGGCGGCCCAGUGUUUGGCAGCACAGCUCCACGCCCGUUUGCCUUCGGAGGAUUAGUGACACCGAUGGACUACGAAGAGUCCGGGCCCAGCCCCGCCGCUCCGGUCACGGGCUCCGCAGGCGGACCUUUAAGUGCUGGAGCGCUUCCAAGUGGCGUUGCGGGUUCUGGGUUCUCUUUUGAGAAAAGCUGGAGGCAGAACACCUCGGGCCUGCCUGACCAGAGCUCGCCUUUUGCCCUGGGCAGGAGCAACGUGCCUGCACGACACUCCACGUUAGGGAUGGCCUCGGCGAGCCCCUUCGCUCAGAGCACGCCUUUCUUCUUCGGGCAAGGCCAGGGAGGCAGCGGCCUAGGUUUCCCGAUGCCCUCGCCCACCGCCCAGGACUUGGCGGCGAGAGGACCAUUCGGAUCCGCCUUGCCUUCGUUCUCUAUGGGCGCAAAAUCCAAGACGCCGAAGAAAUGGGGACAAGCGCAUUCACGGAGGCAUCGCGCCCACAGGAAGUAGCGUCUGCCCCCGGGUCAGCCCGCCCCUU